AUGGCAGAGCGUCCACAGUUCUACGAAAACACAUUGAAGCCGCUAGAGGUCACCCCAGCUUCACUCGCAGAAUCCUUGGAGGAAUUGCGUGUCGCAGUCCGCUAUGGAGCUGAAGCCAUCCAAGCCAACGAGGUUCCCCAAGACAAAUGGUCGCCCGGUGGCAUGUUCAAGCAUUUCCCUGGUGUGGCCCUUGCUUUCUUACGCCUUGACUACCAGUCCCCGGCGUUGAAAGAUGAAAAUGGUUCGCACCCGGACUAUCGCCAGCUUGCGCUCGAGAGGAUUCCAUCGGAGUUCCCAGGUCAUGCGUUGCUGCCGUCUCGAUUGUCCCCGGCAGGAUCACUCUCGCCUAUUGCUGGUGUGACUUUGCGCAUUUUCUCGGCGUUGGCGAAGUCUAACUGGGAAAGAGAUUCUAAGCCAAGUCUUUCUCAGCAAGACAUCAAUUGUCUUUAUGAUGCUGCAAGCCUUGCUCUGAAGAAUGGGCCCCUUGUUCCUCAUGAUGGCCGCAAUAUGGGUGGUGAUGAGAUGCUGUAUGGUCGGGCAGGUCUCUUGUGGGCCCUGCUGAAUAUUCGUGCUCAUCAAUUCGAUGAUGAAACCCAGAAAUCACUCGACCCUGUCUUUGAGACAAUCCCCAGAUUGAUCGAUGUUAUUGUAGACUCCGGACGUCAGGGCUCAAAAGCUUAUAUUGAGAAGGACGGGGCGGAGGGGGCGCACCCGCUGAUGUAUGCCUGGAUGGAAGGGCACUAUUGCUUUGGAGCUGUUCAUGGAAUCACUGGCAUCCUUCCUAUCAUCCUUGCAGCUAAGCCCGAGGAACUCACAAAGCACAUUUCUAUCAUUGGAGAGACCAUUACGGCACUAUGCAAACUUACUCUUUCAAAUGACGGCCACCUCCCAAUGACCCUCCCACCAUUCAGCUACGGGCAGACCUCGGAGCUUGUGCAGCUCUGUCAUGGGAGCCCUGGUAUUCUGAUUAUGCUAGCAGCAGCUUUGAAGAAUCCAGCUCUGACUCAAGACCACUGGUGUCCCGAAUGGGACAAAACGGUCUACGAAGCCUCUCAGCGAAUAUGGGAGGAAGGUCUCCUCUCCAAAGGAGGCAGUCUGUGCCACGGAAUCUCUGGAAAUGGAUGGCCCUGGCUCAUGCUGCACAACACCUUUGAGUACCACUCAAAGGAACUUGAAGCUGCUAGAGCCGCUUACUUGGAGCGUGCGCAGGCCUCGGCUCCUUCGAACGAAGACCUUGGUCAGAGGCUUACGUCGGACUUCUUUUUGUCAAGAGCUUUGGCGUUCAUGCUGCACUCUCGUGAGACCCGGCCUUACAACAAAGCUGCUGAGAUCUCCGAGAAAGAUUACCGCAUGCCCGACGAUCCAUACUCAUUGUUCGAGGGUCUGGCGGGUAAUGUCUGUGCUUGGGCUGAGACCUGCGCGGUGAUUCAAGCCCGAUUGCGCAAAAUAGAACUCAGCGAGAAAGGAUCAGACUUUGAGUCUGACCUGCUUUUCAAGCAGGCACUUAAGAGUGAGCUUGGGUUCCCGCUCAUUGGUGGGAAUGGGGCUGGUGGUUUGAUUUAG